GUGGGACGGACCCUUUUUAUUUUACACUUUGGCCCUUUGAUUUGUCACUCCUGCGCCACCACGCAUCAGCUAUGCCACCGCAGUAGACACCGUGAUACGCAGACAACAACAACAACAAUAGCGACAACGGCUGUAACAAUAACAACGUUUAUAAAAUAGAGCCGCAAGGCCGCAUGAGGUUCAUUGCGUGGCCUCGCCCAGAAGAAUCAACUUAACAUUGGCGACUAAAACAAAACAGCCACGUGAACGAGUGCUGCGUUGUUGGCUCAGCAUUGACAGAAGCCGAAAGCUAUUCAAAGCCAUGGCACCAAAGCGCAAAGCAGCAUCGGCAAAGGGCAAACGGCAGAAGAAAGUGAAAGCUGAGGUUGAACCCGAGGUCCCCCCCGCUGUGGACAAGGUCACUGAGACUCGCAAAGCUCUCAAGACUGAACCUGGCAGCAAAGCAAAGGCCAAGAUUGACUCCGCUUGCAAUCUGGCUAACAAAACGGGCCUCGAGGUGCACGAAGACUAUGACUGCAUGCUCAACCAGACCAACAUCGGCCACAACAACAACAAGUUCUACAUCAUCCAGCUCAUCGCAGGCGAUGGAAAAUUCUACACGUGGACACGCUGGGGCCGUGUGGGCGAGGGCGGACAAAACGCCAUGAAGACCUUCGGCAACGUGGCCGAGGCCAUCAAAGACUUCGAGAAGAAGUUCAAGGACAAGACCAAGAACAACUGGCAGCAACGUGACGAGUUCACGGCGCACCCUGGCAAGUAUACGCUCAUCGAGAUGCAGCACGAAGACGAUGAGGAGGAGGGAGAAAAGCCUGUGGUCUCGGUGGAUGCUGUGGAUGGCAGCCUCACGAAGAAGGUGAUAAAGCCCUGCUCCUUACCGAAGCAGACACAGGACCUCAUGUCGCUCAUCUUCAGCAACGACAUGUUCAAGGAUGCCAUGAAGGAGAUGAAUCUGGACGUGAAAAAGAUGCCCCUGGGGAAGCUGAGUAAGGCUCAGAUCGGCCGUGGGUUUGACGCCCUGGAGGCCAUCGAGGAGGCCCUGCGUACGGCUGCGGGUCAACGCAACCUUGAGAGCCUCAGCUCCACCUUCUUCACCAUCAUCCCGCACAACUUUGGGCGCAUGCGGCCGCCCGUGAUCAAUUCGCAAGAGAUAAUCCGUAACAAGAAGGACAUGCUGCUGGUGCUGGCAGACAUCGUCCUGGCGCAAUCGCUCCAGGCUGAUAAGGAUCGCGCGGCAGCAGCGGCAGGGGGCGAGGGAGACGUGGGCACCGUCGUGGAGGUCCCACACCCCCUCAACGCCGACUACGACCUGCUCAAGUGUGAACUCGAGCUGCUGGGGGAGAACUCGCACGAGCUGGCAGUGAUUAAGCAGUACGUGGCAGCCACAGCUCCCUCCUACAUGAAAGUCAACUGCGUGUGGAAAGUCAACAGAGAGGGAGAGUGCGAGCGAUUCAAGGCUCACGAAGAGCUGUCGAACCGCCGUCUGCUCUGGCAUGGCACCAACAUUGCGGUGGUGGCAGCCAUCCUGAAGAGCGGCCUGCGCAUCAUGCCACACUCGGGCGGGCGGGUGGGACGCGGAAUCUACUUCGCGUCGCAGAACGAGAAGUCGGCACAAUACAUGGGCUAUGCCUGUGAUGGCCGGGGAGUGAUGUUCCUGAAUGAGGUGGUGCUGGGGAAUGAGUUCACCAUCACGAAGGAUGACUGCAGCUUGAAGCAGGCGCCCGCAGGCUACGACAGCGUGGUGGCACGUGGUCAUGUCGAGCCAGACCCCAAGAAGGACGUGAUCCUGGAACUAGAUGGAAAGCAGGUGACUGUGCCCCAGGGUCGCCCGGUGCAGGUCGCAAAGUUCAAGCAGAGCAACUUCAGCCACAGCGAGUACCUGGUGUACAACGAGAACCAGUGCCGUAUCCGCUACCUGCUGCUCGUCAGCAAUAAGUGACCGCCGGCACCACGUGCCAGAACAGAGUGCUCGGCUCUGUGGGAAAGGUGGUGGUAAACGACGUUGAUGAUGGUUCAACACAGGGGGGGAAACACAUAGACGGGGGCAGACGUGGGUGGAGGUGUGUGUGUAUGUAUGCCGUGUGAUAAAUACACACACUAUACAUAUAUACUGUAGAGUUGAUAUAUUUAUGCAGGGUGUCCAUUAUUGCUAUUUAAUUUAAAUUACGAGCUGGGACUAUGUCGUUAAAUCCACACACUCAGUAGCAUGGAAAAUGUUUACCACUUGAGUUUUUUCGCUACAAACCUCGACAUGCUCACCGUGGCGUUGACAGCACGCUGGGGUACCGAGAUUUGAGAAUAAAAAGGCGCUCUCUGAUAUCUGGA